AUGAAGCAUAACAACGGCGGACAGCGACAACCCGAGGCCCCGCAGCAGGAGGGGAGGCGUGUUGCGAUGGGCGACGAGAUAGGCCACGCCAGACGCAACAAUAACCGUCCAGGUGCCCGCCCAGCAGGUCCACCAUAUACUGACCGGAGUAUAGGCUGGCUGGGGCGUGGAUGCGGCAGUGACCCCCAGUUCGGACCCCAUGAUUCUGCUGUCGUGGGGAGAAAAAUGAUGCAAAAGGGGAGAGACGUCAGUGACAUUGGCACCGGGCUAGCCAGUCUUUUCAACUGCUCGAGAUUUCGAGUAGCAGCGGCCCACAGAGCGGCAGCUUUGUGCUUUCAACAAUGGUUCUUGGCGACCUCCAUCGCAGUGUGUUCGCAUGGUAGGUUCCACCCGUUCUCGCAAGCGGCCGGUCCUGACGGUUGUUUCCUACCGCCAGAUGCUGCUGAUUGUCCGCCGUCGGUUCUCCACGGUCAGUUGUCCAGCAAUGAAAGUCCACGUCCACUCUCAUCGAGCAUCCCCUAUUCCUCUGCUAGCCAAGUAGGAUUGCCACUUGUAUGGACCCACCAGGGCACUGACAGACUUUCAUGCGGCUGUCCAGGGAGAUCAUCCGGGAACGUUACAUACAUUUAG